AUGUUCGGUAACCCGCAAGCUACUGAUGCGGAGAAUAUUCUUCAGAUGUUUUUAGAAGCACCAUAUGACGAUGAAAGUACUCCUGAAAAGAUUAGUUCUUGUGAUUUAGAAGUGGAAGAGGACUCGAUUGAUCCUUCAGAUGAAGUAGAUGAGAAUAUGCACGGCAGGAAAGCAAUUAUUCAUCAACCCUUCAAUAUUUAA